UCCCAAAACACCAGAAUGAUGAUAUAUGAAGAAACACAUUCUUCAUCUACAUUGUAUCAACUGAGACACAUAAGAGUAUUUCAGGCUAACCUUAUAUUAAAGUUAUUUAUUUUACCAAGCAUGAUAAGAGACACAUUUUGCUAUAAUAAGCAGACAUUUCUCCCCUUUAUUAUUAAUUUCAUCAAACCUCAGAAAUUGAAAUCCAAGCAAAAGAAACAUUUCCAUAAAUAUCAUAAAGGUUAAAAAAAAAGAUGGCUUAAGGAACAAUAAAAAAACAUGUAUGUCUUUUCAGCUAGAUAGUUUUAAUUUUUCCUUUGGAGAACAAUUGAAAAAAAUACAAAAGUAUCUAUGCUAAGGCAGUGGCACCACACGCUGAUAACCAACACAAGAGUCUUUGCAGUCACCCGGAAUUCAAGCUGUGCACAUGGAGAACUCAGCUAUUCCAAACAAUUGGUAUACUAAAGGUUAUUCUCUAUAACCCAUUUGGGCAAUGAGUAAUUUAGGGAGCGGAAUUAGAUUUCAUUUCCAAAGACUGCUUUUCCAUAUCACGCAUGCUGACAGACACGACUCAGGUAUUAUGGAUAAUCUACUCCUAGCACCAUCCUUUCCAGAUCCUGAAAUAGCAGCAAUGUCUUUACCCAAUAGAUAAUUUGCUGUCUUGGCUAAUAACCACUUAGUCAGAAAAUGGAUUCAUACUUCCAAACCCUAAUGGAAACUUAAAGUAAAAAAAAAUAAUUUUUUUAAACAAAUACUUGUCAAAUAAUUAAAUUCUCCCUGAGUUGAUCAAUAAUGUUGGUGUAGGCCUAGUAAAAUGGGCAUUUUCACCACACCUAAAAUGUAUGGAAGUUCAUGCUACUUAAAUUGAGGCACUUCUGAAAUGCACUUAAGUCGUCUUUCUAGACUUAAACUAUUUUGUAAAUCCCAUUCAUUAACAAAUAUAGAGUGCCUGAGAAAAGUUUGUUGGGUGAAUAGGUAUCUCUCACACAGGUGUGGCUUUGGGUUAGAUGUAAGGAAUGGAAACAAAAUGAUUAGGAAUCUACUUGGUUGGAAUUUAAAGUGGUAAGACAGGCACAAAGGAAACAUACUGUAUAUUCUGUAGGAAGCAGGAGAUAUGUCUUUAAAAAGGUAGUUCCCAAGAGGGGCCACGGAGGAGGCGGAGCUUGGAAGUGGGCCUGGAAGUGAUGGAAUGAUUUGCACCUGAGACCUAGAGAGGGCCUUCCUGGAAGGAAAGACUACAGUGGGCGUGCAAUGGCACAGUUGGUAGGGAAUGGGAAACGGGGAACAUUUGCGAACACGGAGAUGAUAUGAUCAGGGUUGUGGGUCGGGGGGAGUGUAAUCUGCAGAAAGUAUGUGAAAUGCAUGGGAGGGCGGAAAGACUGGAGGCGGAGGAGGGGACAUCCUGCAGAUCCCUGGACAUGUGGAGCCGAAGCUUGGAAUCAGGUCCGGGUUGGCGAUAAAGGUCUAGGAAUCUGAGAGCCCUCUUCCUCUUCCUAGUGUUCAUACUGGAAAAGCCCCAAGAAAAGCAGAGGACCCGGAUAAGUCCUGGGUGGAGGGGGAUGGCGUCCGAAGGGUCAACCUCUAUACGAAACAUCCCACCGGACACCUGGCACUUCAAAACACCACCCAGCACAAGCGCGUCCGUGGAAAUGCCUGCCUCCGAGGGACAUCGCUUUAGCUGACCUUCCCACGUCUCCUUCUUGUGCAGUCCAGGGCUCUGCAGCCGUGUUCCGUUCACCAUGGCAGAAAAGGCCCCCCCUGGCUUAAACCGGAAGACAUCAAGGUCAACGCUUUCUCUCCCACCAGAACCUGUGGACAUCAUUCGGAGCAAAACGUGCUCGCGGAGAGUGAAAAUCAACGUGGGGGGCCUGAACCACGAAGUGCUGUGGAGGACGCUGGACCGGCUGCCCAGGACCCGCCUGGGGAAGCUCCGAGACUGCAACACCCACGAGAGCCUGCUGGAGGUGUGCGACGACUACAACCUGGGCGAGAACGAGUAUUUCUUUGACCGGCAUCCGGGUGCCUUCACGUCCAUCCUCAACUUCUACCGGACAGGCAAGCUCCACAUGAUGGAAGAAAUGUGUGCCCUGUCUUUCGGCCAAGAGCUCGACUACUGGGGCAUCGACGAGAUCUACCUAGAGUCCUGUUGCCAAGCCAGGUAUCACCAAAAGAAAGAGCAAAUGAACGAAGAACUGCGGCGGGAGGCCGAGACCAUGCGAGAGAGAGAGGGAGAAGAGUUUGAUAACACCUGCUGCCCUGAGAAGAGGAAGAAGCUGUGGGACCUACUGGAGAAGCCCAACUCCUCCGUGGCGGCCAAGAUCUUGGCCAUCGUGUCCAUUCUGUUCAUCGUGCUGUCCACCAUCGCUCUGUCUCUCAACACCCUCCCGGAGCUGCAGGAAACGGAUGAAUUCGGACAGGCCAACGACAACCCCCAGCUGGCACACGUGGAGGCGGUGUGCAUUGCCUGGUUCACCAUGGAGUACCUUCUACGCUUCCUGUCCUCGCCCAACAAGUGGAAGUUCUUCAAAGGCCCGCUCAACGUCAUCGACUUGCUGGCCAUCCUGCCGUACUACGUCACCAUCUUCCUCACCGAGUCCAACAAGAGCGUGCUGCAGUUCCAGAACGUCAGGCGCGUGGUGCAGAUCUUUCGCAUCAUGCGCAUCCUCCGGAUCCUGAAACUCGCCAGGCAUUCCACGGGCCUGCAGUCCCUGGGCUUCACCCUCCGCCGGAGCUACAACGAGCUGGGCUUGUUGAUCCUGUUUUUGGCCAUGGGGAUCAUGAUCUUCUCCAGCCUGGUGUUUUUUGCAGAGAAGGAUGAGGACGCUACCAAGUUCACCAGCAUCCCGGCGUCGUUUUGGUGGGCCACCAUCACCAUGACGACGGUCGGCUACGGCGACAUCUACCCGAAAACGUUACUAGGGAAAAUCGUGGGCGGCCUCUGCUGUAUUGCCGGGGUCCUCGUGAUCGCCCUGCCCAUCCCGAUCAUCGUGAACAAUUUUUCUGAGUUCUACAAGGAGCAGAAACGCCAGGAGAAGGCGAUUAAAAGGCGAGAGGCCCUCGAGCGGGCCAAAAGGAACGGAAGCAUCGUCUCCAUGAACCUAAAGGACGCCUUCGCCCGGAGCAUGGAGCUGAUCGACGUGGCCGUGGAGAAGGCAGGCGAGCCCGCGCACGCCAAGGUCUCGGCGGAUGAUAACCACCUGUCGCCCAGCAGGUGGAAGUGGGCCCGGAAGGCUCUGUCCGAGACGAGCUCCAACAAGUCUUACGAGAAUAAGUACCAGGAGGUGAGCCAGAAGGACUCCCACGAGCAGCUGAACAACACGUCCUCGUCCAGCCCGCAACACCUGAGCGCCCAGAAACUGGAGAUCCUGUACAACGAGAUCACCAAGGCGCAGCCUCGCGCGCACCCGAACCCCGACGGCCAGGAGCAGCCCGAGAGGCCCUCGGCCUACGAGGAAGAGAUCGAGAUGGAGGAGGUGGUGUGCCCGCAGGAGCAGCUGGCCGUGGCGCAGACGGAGGGCGUCCUGGACAUGAAGAGCACCUCCAGCAUCGACAGCUUCACCAGCUGCGCCACCGACUUCACCGAGACGGAGCGGUCGCCGCUGCCGCCACCCUCCGCGUCUCACCUGCAGAUGAAGUUCCCGCCGGAUCUCACGGGGACCGAGGAGCAGCACCCAAGAGCCAGGGGCCCCCCUUUUCUAGCGCUCCCCCGAGAGAAAGGGCCUGCGCCCCGGGAUGCCACGCUGGACUAUGCCCCGGUCGAUCUAACUGUGAACCGCGACUCCAGCGGUUCCCAAAGUGGGCUCCACGGCCCAGCGCAGUCCGACAGCACCUCCGAGAGCCCCAAGAGCUCGCUGAAGGGCAGCCACCCGCUCAAGUCCAGGUCGCUCAAAGUGAACUUCAAGGAGAACAGGGGCGGAGCCCCGCAGACCCCGCCCAGCACGGCCAGGCCGCUGCCGGUCACCACGGCGGACUUGUCGCUGACCCCCCCGCAGCUCAUCAGCACCAUCCUCUUAGAAGAACACCCCCCGCAGGGGGACAGACCCUUGCUGGGCGCUGAGGUUUCAGCACAUUGUCAGGGACCUUCCAAAGGGCUGACCCCUCGGUUUCCCAAGCAGAAACUCUUUCCUUUCUCCUCCCGAGAGAGGAGGAGCUUCACGGAGAUAGACACAGGCGAAGAUGAUGACUUCUUAGAGCUUCAAGGGACGGGGCAGGACAGGCAGGCCGACUCCAGCCCCAACUGCUUUGCAGAAAAGCCUAGUGAUGGAAGAGACCCUUUAAGAGAAGAAGCCUGUGUGGGCUCUUCCCCACCCCAGGACACAAGUCACAACUGUAGGCAGGACAUUUACCAGGCUGUGGCCGAAGUUAAAAAGGACAGUAGUCAAGAAGGGUACAAGAUGGAAAACCACUUGUUUGCCCCAGAAAUUCAUUCCAACCCAGGAGACACAGGUUGUUGUCCCACACGUGAAACCAGCAUGUGACUAGUUAGAAAGCAAUAAAAAAACAAAACAAACAAACAAAAAAAACUUGUUUCUUAAAAAUGCGGUUAACAAUGC